AUGGCCGACGACCGCCGUCCACUCGUCCACGGACUGUCGGACUAUCCUGAGACAGCAGAGCACACACCUGCAUCGCCCUCGUUGGGCUUCACAAACAAAUUCCCCUCCCUCUCGUUCGCGCACAUCGCACCCCCGACCACCCCGCCGACGCCCUCGCGCCCCACCUAUGCGCGUCUCCAGAGCGAUGCGCCGGUGGAGAGGAGGACCCCAAGCACCGUAGUUGAGGAAGACGAGGAGGAUGACAUCGCAGACAGCUUCAGACGGCAGGACAGCGGCGGCCUAGGCAUAGCUGCCUCGAACUCCCCAGUAGCAAGUAUCAGGCGGGCCAGCCUCGCCAGACGUCCAGUGGCUUCCUCUCUCAAGAGCCCCAGCACCGCGUCACCUCCAGGCACAGCCGACCCGUUCUUAGGCAGGUUUCCCCACGAUUCAGCCGAGGCUACGCCGGAUUUGACGCGCGAGAGAUUCAGUCCUAAUGGGGGCUAUGAGGAGUUUCGGCGAGGGCUUCCAAACCAUGCCGUGCGGAGUCUUACAGCCGCCGGCCACAACUACGAGCAGCCACUGCACUCUUCAGCAAGAAAACCGGGCGCGCCUUCCGCUGAGCCCGCAUACGAGCACACGUUUCAUCCCUCACACGAGUGCCAGACCACCAGAGACUUUUACAACUCCAAGGUUUCCUGGCUGAACGUCAGCAUCAUCGUCAUAUGUCUGUUUUCAACCAUCUUUUCUGGUAUCUUCCUAGUCUUGGCGCUGAAAGCACCGCGCUAUGGUCGCAGGAUCCGAAGUCAAGGCCACUUCAAACCCUCAGAUGCUAUUCUCCUCACUUCUGUUCUGGCCAAGGCCAUUGAGCUUUCCUUUGUCACGUCCUUUGUCGCCUUCCUGGGACAAGUCCUCAGCCGGAGGGCGUUCAUGAAAGAAGAUGGCCGCGGUGUGACACUCUCAGAACUGAGCAUGUGGAGAUGGGUCGUUCAGCCAGGCACAUUAAUCACGCACUGGGAAGCCUUUUUUUACGCUGGGACUUCUGUUUUGGGUAUACUGAGCUUGCUAAGCGCAGUCGUAGCCACCCUUUAUUCGUCUGCGGCCGCUGCGGUGGUCCAGCCAGUAUUAAGAGACGGCGGUGAUUGGACACCUAUGAUAAUGGCUGGCAGUAUCAGAUCGGAUUUUGCUAACAUAGACUAUGUCAAAGCCAUGUGCGAAACUCCAAUUCGUACUGACAAGGAGUAUAGCGGUGCCACAUGUGUGCAAAUUGAGCACGCUGGCCAGGGAUACUACAACUAUCAGCGCUACCUUGCUGGUUGGGAUGUUGCAGCUUCUAACGGGAAUGGUUCUUCUGACCAGCGCGAACGACCACCUGGCUUUGGGCUACUAUACGACAAUACCACAGUCACGGCCCAAUGGAUCAACAUCGUCAACACCACAGAGAUCUCUAAACAGCAUGGUCGAGUCAUUAACAACGUCUCUCUGGCGAUGCCUCAUUCCGGAGUGUUUGCAGCUGCACACGAUCAAAGAAACGGUAUUCUUCAGCCGGAAGAACUCAAUUCAGAAGGAACGUACUCAUUGCGCGCAUCUGUACCGUCGCCAGUCUUGAAUGCGCUUUGUGUCAACAUGAAUAAGACGGAGCUUGACCCGAUCGUAUAUGACAGCUGGAACGACGAACUCGUCAACAUCACUACGUGGAAAGACGGGUUUCUCAUGGAUAACGCGACCACGACGAACAAGACCGUGGUGGAUGAUAUCUUUGGUUGGAAUGAUGUGGACCGAGUGGACUACCCGCCUGUGUUUUCGAGGUUUCCGCUUCCCUUCAACACGGUGAUGAACCACACUUCAUACCCAUGGGGAAGAGCUGCAAUAUAUUUCCUUGGCCAGGGUGGUUUAGCCGACGACGGCACAAAUGGGACUGGUACGUUUGCCUUGUGUCGUCUCCAGAUGAACCUCAGCCCAGAGUGUCAAACACGGUAUAACGUCAGUGGCGCUAGCGGAUCAAUGGAGAGUCUCUGCGAGGACCGUGCCGGCAGUAUGCAGUAUAGCGAAAGGAACCCUGACGCCCAGUGGAUUCUCGGUGUCAGAAACUGGAGGGAUAUCGGGUUCGAUUGGGCGAACAGUCUCUCGCUAAACACUGGAAUCAUGGACGGGUAUGCGAGCAUCUCGAGAAUAUUGACCCAGUUGAUCCUGAUGCCGUCUGACCCGGAUCCUACGAAUCUUGCAGUUAAACUCAAUCCAGACUUGCCGAGUCUGGGUGAGGCGCUAGCAGUUCUCUCUGGCUGUACGUUGCUUAAGUCUAUGAUUGAUGCACCAUUUGUGCAUUUCUGGAACUACACACGCCCCGCGCUUGAUAAUUACCAAACCCAAUAUUUCAACGCGUCUCUCAGGGCCCAGCAAUACGCAUCCGGCGGCGUUGAUUCCGCCUCAAAGGGCUGGAUUCUUAUCCUACUCCUCGUCUUCCUGAUGAAUGUUGGCGUCCUCGCCUACUUCCUUGUCCACCGCGGCCUAGUCACCGACUUCUGUGAGCCGCCAAAUCUUUUCGCUUUGGCUGUCAACUCGCCGCCUUCACACGUCCUUGCUGGAUCGUGUGGUGGCGGUCCUGAGGGCAAGCAGUAUGGAGUCAAUUGGUUUGUCCAACAUGAGGGCGGUCAUCUGUACAUGGAGCCAGGAGAGAAAAGUGAUCUUCAGCACGACUAUGGGAAACCGCAUGUCCAUGUUGAGGAAGUCGAGUCGGAGACUCCAUCACUUCGGCAGAAGUCUAGCAACGGUUUCUUCACUCCCAUUGUUAGCGCUUUCUCAAGACUCACGGGGCAGUUUGGGAAGAAGCGGGCACCCGCCAGACUCCAGUCGGGGAGCGCGGUAGAGCGAAUGAGACCGGUGAGUGUGGCGAGUAAUGCUGGAUAUGAGAUGGAGGAUGGAACUACACGGACACAGCGACAGUAUGCCAAGCUGGCGAAUAGGAGGAGUAUGUUGUAG